AUGGCGUCCUCUGCCGCGCCUGAGACCAUCAAUGAGGAUAUUCCUCAGAAUGAUAGUGGAAAACUCAGAACCUUUAUUUCUAUUCUGCGAAAAUUCAUAGGCGUUCCUGAUCUUGCUGCCGUCCGCUUCUCCCUGCCAUCGCAGCUUCUCGAACCCAGACCAAACCUCGAAUACUGGAAUUACCUCGAUUGCCCCAAUGCCUUUGCUGCCAUUGGCACGGCAGAUGACUCGGUAGAUCGCAUGCUAGAGGUGCUACGUUUCUGGUUUACAAAGGACCUCAAAUACGUCAAGGGCAAGCCUUGUAAACCAUACAACUCGUGCCUCGGGGAGUUUUUUCGAUGCAACUGGGAAGCCGACAAGAACGUACCGCCCAUCAAUACCAAGACCAGCGGCAACGCGAGUAGUGCAUCGUCUACCAAGUCUGCCAAAUCUACCAAAGCCGACCCACGAUCUUCCUCAUCCGUUUCCAUUCCGCAACCAUCCGAGAACCCAUCUGGACCGACAUGGCGCAUCUCAUACCUCACUGAGCAAACGUCGCAUCACCCCCCAGUAAGCGCCUUUUACAUUAGUUGUCCCGAGCAAGGCUUGCACGCACGUGGUUUCGAUCAAAUCUCGGCAAAAUUCACCGGCACCACAAUCAAGGUGUCCCCUGGCGAGCACAACUUUGGCAUCUUCAUCACUCUUGACAAGCGCGAUGGCGAGACAUACCAGCUUCAACAUCCGGCUGCCCACUUGGGCGGCAUACUUCGCGGUGCCCUGAGCGUCAGCGUUGGAGAGUCUGCCUUUGUCUCUUGCCCCAAGACCAAGUUGAAGUGUAUCUUGCAGUACCUCGAGGAUGGAUGGCUUGGCCGUGCCCAAAACAGAAUUGAAGGCAUCAUCUUUAGGUACGAUCCUGACAAUGAUGACAAGAUUCGCAUCAAGGACGUGCCCGACAAGGACAUUCUGAUUCGGCUUGGUGGAUCCUGGAAAGACAAGAUUGUCUUUACCGUUGGGCCAAAGCCAGUGGACUCCCAUCCUCCCGAGGAUCAGACUGUGAUUAUUGAUCUCAACCCCCUAAAUGUCGCACCCAAAAUCCUUCCACCCAAGGAGAAGCAGGUCGAGAAUGAGUCACUAGCCCUUUGGGAUGGCGUCACCCAAGCCAUAUCUGCCAAGCAGUUUUCAAAAGCCACCACAGUCAAACAAGAGCUUGAAGAGAAGCAGAGAGAAAAGGCGAGGGCACGCGAGCGCAACAAUGAAACCUGGCAGCCAGUGUUUUUCUCGCAGGUUACAGACAAGGGUGGCAAGCCGGAUCUCAGCGAAAAGGGCAGGCAGGUUCUUGACAGGAUACAGAACAAUGAUUGGAGCCUGGAAGGAAUUGUGUAA